GCACUCUCAGCUGCGUUCCAGCUCUGUCUGUAGCACCAGCCGCGCGUACAGCACUACUUAUGGCACCGUAGACUUACAGAGCAGCUUGUUCGACACGAGAAGUAAGGAGCAGCGCAAGCCGCUGUCGCUGUCGUCGGUGUUCUUGAAUGUGAUCGAGUGAGCGAGCGAGUCCAGAGUUCAGAGUUCAGAGUGCAGAGCUCGAGCUUGCGUUCUUUCACUACCCGAAGACGAAGGAAGUGAGGGAAGCGGCAGCAGGCAAGGGAGGAGGAGGAUCGAAAUGAUGUGAGUGACGGUGCUGAUGAUGUCGAUGACGACCGUGAUGACGCUGGCGGUGGAGCAACAGUCAUCGAGGUGAAGGAUGGCGAGAGGUGAGUCGGGUUGAAAAGAGCAGAGCAGAGCAGGACAGAACAGAGGGAAGGUAAGGGAAGAGAAGGAAAGGAGGAGAGGAGAGGAGAGGCGAGGGAGGUGAGACGGAAUUGUGGAUGAUUAUGAUCGAAGCUGAGAGGAAGAAGUCGUUCGUGUAGCGGAAUUGGUGCUACAGAGGGACGAGAUGGCGUCGAAGACGUCGAUAGAGUUUGAUGAGGAAAUGGAGGCCUCGGCGCGGGCCAAUAUCGGGGGCCUUCGAUUGGACGAGGAGCCCAGCACCAUCUCGAAUCCGAAACUCAGGAGUGCGAACAAACCGCCCUUUGUAAUCGGUGUCGCGGGAGGCACGGCUUCUGGUAAGACCACGGUGUGCGACAUGAUAAUUCAGCAACUGCACGAUCACCGGGUGGUGCUCGUGAACCAAGAUUCCUUCUACCGUGGGUUGAAACCGGAAGAAUUACUGAAUGUAGGAGAAUACAAUUUUGAUCAUCCCGAUGCCUUCGACACAGAGCAGCUGCUGGAGUGUCUUUUACAGUUGAAACAGUGCCAGCCAGUUCAAAUUCCCGUGUACGACUUCAAAAGGCAUCAACGAUGCACGGACUCAUUUCGCAAGGUCAAUGCGGUAGAUGUUAUAAUCAUGGAAGGAAUUUUGGUGUUCCACGACCAUCGAGUUCGUGAGCUGAUGAACAUGAAGAUCUUCGUGGACACAGAUGCGGACGUGAGACUUGCCAGGCGGAUACGUAGAGAUACUCUGGAGAGAGGUAGAGAUGUACAGGGUGUCCUUGAGCAGUACGCGAAAUUCGUCAAGCCGUCGUUCGAUGACUUCGUACUGCCUUCAAAAAAAUACGCGGAUGUCAUAAUUCCCAGAGGAGGUGAUAAUCAUGUGGCCAUCGAUCUUAUUGUUCAGCAUAUACGAACGAAGCUCGGACAACAUGAUCUGCGCAAAAUAUACCCCAAUGUGUACGUUAUUCAGUCGACUUUCCAGAUUCGAGGAAUGCACACUCUUAUUCGUGACAGGGAAACUACGAAGCAUGACUUCGUGUUCUAUGCCGAUCGACUCAUUCGCUUGGUCGUCGAGCAUGGGCUGGGUCAUCUUCCUUUUACCGAGAAGCAAGUCAUAACGCCCACGAACUCCACUUAUAUCGGCGUGGACUUCUGCAAGCAACUUUGUGGGGUGUCUAUAAUUCGUAGUGGAGAGAGUAUGGAGAAUGCCUUGCGUGCUUGCUGUAAAGGCAUCAAAAUUGGCAAGAUUCUGAUUCAUCGUGAAGGUGACAAUGGCAAGCAGCUUAUCUACGAGAAAUUGCCGAGGGAUAUUGCCGAUCGUCACGUUUUGUUGCUCGAUCCCGUUCUCGCCACAGGAAACUCUGCCGUUCAGGCUAUCGAGUUGCUGAUGCAGAAGGGUGUUCCAGAAUCACAUAUUAUCUUCCUCAAUCUGAUAUCAGCACCAGAAGGAAUACAUGCUGUCUGUAAACGAUUCCCUCUGUUAAAAAUAGUGACGUCGGAGAUCGACACGGCUCUGAAUGAGGAGUUCAGAGUGGUGCCUGGAAUGGGUGAGUUCGGUGAUCGCUACUUUGGCACGGAUGAUGAUGAGCAAGAACACUUUUCGACCAGUCCUCCUAGCAACAAGGUCCCGGAGACUCAGUCCCGACCCGUAUCCAAUGGACCUCUGAAACCAAUAAGGUAAAGCUUGGUUACUAUGCUUGCAUUUGCCAAGACAGGGAACUCGACUGACGUCUUAGAGUUGCAACUUGUAGCAGCUCUCUAGAUGGAGCGCGCGGAAACUGCAGUAGAACAUCAUUACCUGGUGUGAAGAACACAUCGAGAGUGUUUGCAUAUUGCCAUUUUUAACCUUCGUGCUUGAGGAAAGUCUUGUUAUAGCUUCUAGGGGAUUUCCAUCAAAACGCUGUGUGAUUUGGUUUAAAUUGUUUGAUUUUGAAUGAAAUCUUUUACCUUUAUGGUAAGAGUGCCUUAGGAUUUUUGAAUCGAUAUCGCUAUUCGUGAUACAUCCAGGAGUACCGAAAGUGUAGGUUGAUAGUUCUCAGCGAUGACAAGAUUGAACAGAAGAUCACAAGAAGUGCUGAGCUUAAGGUCAUCUUGCAACACAAAUGACCUUUCUGUACAAUUUUAGUUGCAGGUGUUGACAGCUACUUUGAAAUGAACUCAUCUGCUUCACCUCAUGAAUUUCGUUGCCAUGUGUCCUGGUCCCAUCAUAUUCACAAGAAAGAUGCUUGAGCUGUUGUCUUGUUGAUCAUCAUUCACUUGUCUAUUAUGACACGCCGUCGCACAAGAUCAUCCCUGCUUUCUCUGACACGGGGUGAAGUGGUAGUACGAUUUGCCCUGCAGGUUUCUAUAGGUACUGUCUCUCAUGUUGAACCCUCUAUUCUCUUUGUUUGGUGGUUCAACAGGGCAUAAUACAAUCCCCUUUCUGAGUUUAAGAUUCUUUAUUGAUAUGACUUCCGAACGGUUCCAUGUCCUUGAGUUUGAAGACGGGAAAUCUUGUAGCGGAGGUGCUCUACAAUUGACAGUUCAUGAGUUGAGUUCUUGGCGAAGGUCUAGGUGACAUGGCUCCUAAGGUUAAUGCCUUUUUCCUCACGUUCGUGGACCCGAGGUGCUUUUGCAUGGAAUUUCAUCUGACAGUGUGGAGAGCUAAGGAUUUAUGCAAGGAUUGUUCAAUUGGCUCACUCGCAGCGUGGAGAUACCUACAGCCUGACGUUCCUUGUUGAUACUGCGGCAGGAGACCGAUCAAGAAAGGUUCAGUGAGAAUACUUGAUCCUACCACCAGAAUAUGGCACGGUGGUCCGGUCCCUGGUCUGACUACAUGGGUUGGCCCAGACGAAGCGUAAGUUUUAUGAAAGUGGUCUAUGCGCUAGAUGCCAAUCUCACCUCUUCGAAGUUGCGUCACCAUGAGUCAAAUGAUGACAACUUCCCAGCAAAUGAGACAUGUUUUGCCUCAGAUGCAAGAGGAGUCCCAUUUUCGACCUCCUAUGGAUUUUUUUAGUCAACAAUUCAUUCUGGAAAAUUAGUACCCACGAAUUGUAAUCUCAGUGAAACGUAGCUACCCAAGUAUGUGCAGUUCCUCACAUUAUCUGCAACUACUGCGCUAGUAGAACACUUGAACUCUUUGCUGUCGGAAUAGCAAAAUAACUGAACUGAUUCGAUGAUGUGCUGGGGCCAGCAAAGCGAACACGUUCAGUCUGAUUGUCGGCAUCACAUAGGAUGUGUUGUGGAGGUGACCUUGAUUUCUGACGCCAUUGAUUCCUAAAAAUUUAUUUGAUAUAGGCUCAAGCUCUCACGCCGUUUAAGGGGAGACGAGAAAGUUUAGCUCAACCACAGGAAAUCUGCUACUUAUUAAAUAGUAAAAGGGUUUUCAUAUUCGGCAAUAACACAC